GGUGCGCAAUGGAUAUAUGGUCGUGGCUCUAAUCCUAUGGUUGAGCUGGCAGAUAGAUAUGGAUUAGCAUUAACUUCCUUUACUAACGAUUGGGUGGUUCGGGACAAGUUUGGGAAUAAUGUAACAGAAGAGGCGGACAAUGAAUGGUACCGCCUUCGAGACAUAAUGAUAAAAGCGAAGAAAUUCGGCCGUAAACUUCAAAGAGAUCAUAAACCCGACAUCACUUCCGAAGCUUUACUGCGCAAGUUUGGAUGGAACCCAGUUGAUGCUGUGGCUGAAGCUGUAGAAAGUUACGAACUUGAUAUCAUAAAUGGAAAGGAAACACCUUCGGUAUCUGGCAAGUAUUCGGAUACACGACGUGCUUUUGAAGAACACGGUAACGAUGUCUGGAUGGUCACCAGUGACCCUAGAGGGUAUUCUUAUAUCAUAGAGGAAAUGGUAAGAGGCUUUGGUAAUGGUCAAAGCAUAAUAUUCAACAAGAAGGUGACAAGUAUAGAAAACUGGGAUGACGAAAAUGUACCGGUGGAAGUAUUUACUGAAGAUGGGUCGAUGUAUGAGGCAGAUGACGUUAUUAUCACUGUCAGUCUUGGUGUCCUGCAAUCUAGAAAAAUCAAUUUUAAACCAACUCUAUCAGAAAAGAAAAUGAUGGCUAUUGACAAAUUUGGUUUCGGACAAAACACGCUCGUGUAUUUGAAAUUUCAAACUGCCUUUUGGGAUAACGUCUCUACGAUAGUAUAUGCUUCGGAGAGACAUGGAGAAUAUAGCACUUGGUUUAACAUGAACGAUAUAUACCCAGGAUGUAACAUACUCCAAGUGAACGCAAACGGUUUCGAGGGAGAGGCAGUAGAACGUAUGACAGACGCUGAAACAGUUGAAGAACUAAUGGGCAUUUUUAGGUCAAUGUAUCCGGACGCCAAUAUUUCGCAACCUGAAUCCAUUGUAAAAUCUGAUUGGCUGACUGAUCCUCUCACAAUGGGGUCAUAUUGUUACUGGACUCCUGCAUUUAGGUCUGAAGAUAUGGACAAUCUCGGGAUGUCAGAAGGGAAUCUUCAUUUCGCCGGGGAGUGUAUAAGCCAGACAAAUUACGGUUUCGUACACAGUGCGUACACUUCAGGGAUACAUGCGGCGAUGGACCUUGCAGAAAGUGUAAAUCUCGGAGAAAUGUUCGACAAGGACAAGAAGAAAUAAUGGAUACCGCUUUCUUCCUGUAGAUGAGAAGACGUUCCGUCGAUUUUUUUUCAAAAACAAAUUCAGAUAAUUUUUUCCAGUUUUUUUUGUUUUUCUAGCAUUGAAUAAAGAAGCAAAAGCUUACAUUUAUCGUUUGUUCUUAAGUAUAUAAAAAGUAAUGUGAUAAUUUUGGCUACCCUUCCAACAGUGAGACAAACAAGAUAUUAUUAUUUAUGCAUUAUGAAUUACUAUGUCAUUAUCGGAAAAACUUCCCAAUCCCUUUUUGAUCUGACGGAGGUCCAUUUGUACGAACUUGUAUAUAAGAUCUUACAAAGCACUUCCAUGUUAAUGGCCGCGUAGAAAGGGUGAUCUGUUAAAGUUUUUAAUAAUUAGAUGUCUGUGGGUUCGACUUUCACAAACACUUAUCUUUUUACCAUAUACAAUAUAAGUGUGAUUACACUUUGUUUGUAGCCAAAAUGUGUUAAUGCUCCUGAAAACACAUUGAUGACAUCUAGGUACUUCAAGGACUUUAGACGUUUCAGUUGUUUC